CUUCAACUAGACAUCGUCAUUGUAGGCGCAGGUUUGGCUGGCCUUGCUUCUGCAUACGCCCUGGCCGCUUCAGGCCAUCGCGUCCGUGUAUUUGAGAAAUCGAAGGUCGUCUCCACUGUGCCGGGUGGAAUACGGAUCCCUCCCAAUGGCACAAAAAUUCUCGACGACUGGGGCCUACACGACGAGCUCGUCCAAAAAAGCGCUCAGGUCAAGUCCAACAGUUUUAUUGACAUGGCUAUAGGGGAGCUCAUAGGGCACACCGAAUGGGCGCAUGAGAUGUUCAAGGAUAGUGGCGGCGAGUUCCGCUGCAUGCGGCACGAGGACCUCACCCAGAUGCUGUACAGACACGCGGUUGCUGCUGGCGCUUUGUUUCAUUUUGGCGCUCGAGUCAAUGGCGUGUCGCCUGCGCCCGACAUUGAUUCAUCCCCAUCUACGCCGUCCAUACCAAGACAGUCGCAACUGCACCCUCAGCCAUCAAUAAUCCUCUCAGAUGGCCAAGAAAUCCUGGCAGAUCUAGUGAUAGGUGCUGACGGCCCACGGAGUCUGAUUCGCUUGGUCGUGGACGAGGACGCGGGUGACGUGCGGGAGAUCGAGACCGGGACAACUCUCUACACCGGUGUUCUCGAUGGCAAGACGAUGAUGGGGAACGAGCACCUAAAGAAGCUCAUCAACGCUCACUUCCCAGUCUGGAUGGGAGAUGGCUCUAUGGCUGUCGCAUUUCCUAUUGGGCGCGAUAAUUCAUAUGCUAUGCACGUCUACUCGCCCGAGGAAUGGCCAGAAGGGGCACUAGACUGGGAACUGGUUGCAUCAUCAAAUCUCCGGUGCGAUCACCUAGAACCACGUGUUCAGUCAUUUUUGAAGAAUGCAAAGCAUCUCACCCGUGCGCGAUGGAUAGAACGCCCUCCAGCUGAAGAUUGGGUCGACGCAUCAGAAAGGAUAAUCUUGAUUGGCGAAGCCGCGCAUCCGCUUGCACCUUGUGAGAUGCACGCGGGGUCUGGUUCCCUCGAAUCUGCUUUCGUCCUGAGCACCCUCCUUUCGCAUCUCCAUAGCCGGUCGCAGCUCCCCUCCCUCCUUUACGCUUAUCAGGAUCUGCGCUCAUCACGAUUAGCGCGACUACAUCAAAUCGAGAUGGACAAUCACAUGUAUCUUGGACUGCGCGCCGGAGAAGGGAAGGAAGAGAGGGACACGACCAUGCGUGCUGCAAGGCUUGCAGCAAAAAACGGAGCUGACGCGAACGCAGAGGCGGACGACGACGGCGAGUUGGACAGGCAGUGGGGAGAGAUGUGCGAAAUCUGGGGAUACGAUGCCCGUGACGACGCGGAAGAUUGGUGGGUCCGAUGGGGCUUGUUACGAGAGAGGGCA